CUGGAGUCCAGUCUCUCGAGAAGCUUCUUCGACGCCCCUUGGAGCAGCUUCGUCAGCAACCUGGAUGCUUGAUAAUCGACCCUGGGGGCGUUGCCCCACUGGGAGCAGCCGUAUAAAGGUGGUGCGGCCGCUGCUGUCACCUCACUGGCACAACACUUUCCUCAAACCACACACACACCAUGUCUGAAAACAAGGCCCUCAUCUUCAAGGAAAUCCCCACGGGCUACCCCGUGCCGGGCCAGCACAUCGGCCUGGAGCCGGUCUCGUACGACGCCAACGCGGCGGCCCCCGAGAACGGCAUCUUCGUGCAGUCGCUCUACGCCAGCUUCGACCCGUACAUGCGCGGCCGCAUGCGCCCGGCCGAGGUCAAGUCGUACUCGCCGGCCAUGGCGCUGGGCCAGCCCAUCGACAGCGCGGUGAUCGGCAAGGUGCUCCGCUCCAACACCGCGGCCUACCAGGAGGGCGACCUGAUCCAGGGCUACCUCCCGAUCCAGUCGUACAUCGCGGUCGGCGCGGAGCGGCUGCCGUACGUCAAGAAGCUCGAGAACCCGCUGGGCAUUGAGGACAUCCGGGUGUUCAUCGGGGCGCUGGGCAUGCCGGGGCUGACGGCGUACUCGUCGCUGUACGAGAUCGGGCAGCCCAAGGAGGGGGAGACGAUCUUCGUGUCGGCGGCCAGCGGCGCCGUGGGCCAGCUGGUCGGCCAGCUGGCCAAGCACGAGGGCCUGACGGUCAUCGGCAGCGUGGGCUCUGACGAGAAGCUCGACUACAUCACCCGGGAGCUGGGCUUCCACGGCGGGUUCAACUACAAGAAGGAGAAGCCGGCGGACGCGCUCAAGCGCCUCGCCCCGAACGGCAUCGACAUCUACUACGAGAACGUCGGCGGCGAGCACCUCGAGGCCGCCCUGGAGGCGAUCAACAACUUCGGCCGCGUCGUCGUCUGCGGCAUGAUCUCCGUGUACAACGGCACCCCCUACCCGAUCAGCAACAUCUCGUACGUGCUGACCAAGCGGCUGACCAUGCGCGGAUUCAUUGUCAACGACCCCGGCAUGGGCGACAAGUACACCAAGGAGCACCAGGAGAAGGUGCAGAAGUGGAUCAAGGAGGGGUCGUUCAAGGCGCUGACGCACGAGACGGUGGGGAUUGAGAACGCGGCCGAGGGCUUGGUGGGGAUCUUUUAUGGGAAGAACAAGGGCAAGGCCGUCUUGAAGUUCUAGGCGUACCGACCAUACUAUACCACAACUAUACCACAACUAUU